AUGUUGGAAACUUAUAUCCUCCCAUCGGCCCCGCUGGAAGGGGCAUCAGAAAAUAUCAGACCCAGCAUUACGGUGCUGGAAUCAGAUGAUGGAUACGCCAGGGUCGCCCUGGAGCCGUUGGUGCCGGGGUUUGCCCACACUAUCGGCAAUCCAUUACGGCGCUUCCUCCUUAGCUCCAUCAAGGGCAGUGCCAUAACCUGGGUAAAGAUCGAAAACGUGGUGCAUGAGUACACGGCCGUCACCGGGGUCAAAGAGGAGGUGAUGGACCUGCUCUUGAACAUCAAGCGCAUUCGCAUCCACGCCGAUAGUGAGCGCACCGGCAAGAUGCGGUUGGACGUACAGGGUGAGGGCCGGGUAUGUGCCGGUGAUAUUGCCACCUCCAGCGACUUCGAAAUUGUCAACCCGGAGCUGCACUUGGCAACAUUGGAUGGCACAGAGUCCAACCUGUCCAUUGAAUUCAAUGUGGAAUCCGGGUUGGGCUAUCGUCCAGCGGCCCAGUCUGAAGGUAGUGCCGGCAUGCAGGUGGGCGUGCUGCCGGUUGACGCCGUUUUCAACCCGGUCAAGAAGGUCAACUACACCAGGGAACCCACCCGGGUUGGACAGCGAACGGACUACGAAAGACUGGUUUUGGAACUUUGGACGGACGGUACAAUCGCUCCCCUGGACGCGCUGGGUGAAGCCGCCGAAGCCUUGGUAGACGACUUCUUUUUGUUCAAGAAUCUGUCGGGUGGCGGCGUCAGCACAUUCAGCAGGCCCAGUCUCAGCCUAUCUCCGGAGACUUACCAAACCCCCAUUGAGAGGUUGGAUCUAUCCCACCGCACGCUGAAUUGCUUGAAGCGAGCCCACAUAACAAGGGUGGGCGAAGUCCUGGAAAUGUCCGAUGAUGAACUGCUCAAAAUUCGGAAUUUCGGUGAGAAGUCUCUCACCGAAUUGCGCAGCAAGCUGGCCGAACAGGGAGUGGCUUCCAGUUCCGGAGAGGAGGAUUCUGAAUUGGGUCCGGUCGGCGCUGGUAUAUUGGACGAAUUCGAUAGCGACGGCGAAGAUCGAGGGCUGGAUGGCAUUACAAUAGUCCAGUCUGCACAGCCCGGCAGCGAUAUCCUCGGAGCCCUUGAGAGCGUCGCCAUCACAGAUGAUGCCGGCACCGAAGAGGACUUUGAAGACGAUCUGGACUACGAUUUUGAUGACGACGAGGAGGAGGCUUCCUAG